UAACUAGCUUACGCUUCCGUUAGUUAGAUUGUAGUUUCACAGCAGAAUGGUGUCCCUCAAAUCAUUUCGCACUUUGGGCCGGCUGUACGCCUGGGUGAUGUUCCUGGUUUCGCUGGGAGUAAUAAUAACGUUAAAACUGGACAAAAAUGCCACCGGUACGAUAAUUUCAACUGUUGUCGAUAGAAUUGAUGUUCAGCUGGCGAUAGCGUUUUGGUUUAAUCAGAGUAAUUUUGAACACAUUAUGCUAUCACUUUGUGCACCUUUUACGCAAAGUGUCAUUUACGUGGUUGCCGCUGCUAUUUUCGAAAUUGCAAUUGUCUGUAAAUUCGCCAUUCUUGUUUCACUGUACGAGCUCUUUUUCUUUAUAAUGUCAAUUAUAGAUUUAAUAGUAUUCAUAAUACUGUUUAAAUAUUUUCGAGGAAUGUACGUUGACGUUUCAGAAGUGGAAAGAGCUCUUUAUCUAAUAUUUGCUGGGUGGAUUUUGUACGUAAUUACAAUUUCGUGGCUCUUGAGAGGCGUUUCCCGGUACAUCGAUGCUGUGAACCAACCACCAACACUUGUUAGUUACGGAGACGUCGUUGUCACAGAGUUUGUAAGUGUGAGUGCAACACAGGUUCGCUAUUGACACUCUUAACUUUUUGUUUUUAAGAUACUCUUGAAAAACUCGUUUAAAUACGUCAAUAAUCAAUAAACUUAUAUAAAAAG